AGGGGUAGCUUCGCUCGCUUUGUUUCCACGGUAGAUGAAAGGGGACAUGGAUCUUUCUGUUUUGCCCAAUAACAACCAUCCUGACAAAUUCCUGCAGCUUGACGUGAAGUCUUUAAUGAGGAGCUCAACCCUUCUGCAGGCUAGCCUCGCGAGAUUUCCGGGUGGAAAUUAUCCUGCCACACAACACUGGCAAAACCUUGUCUACUCACAGAGCCCCGUGGCUUCUCAGAGGAACUCUGUGAGCCGGAGAGAAAAGGCAGCGAGAGAAAAAACCAUUGCUACUCAGCGAAUCAAGGGAUUUGGUGUGGAGAACCCAGUCCUUUCUGAGAGUCCUCCAGCAUCCAUGUCUUCAGUAAUGAAAAACAACCCGCUGUAUGGUGACAUAACUUUGGAAGAAGCUAUGGAAGAAAGGAAAAAGAGUCCUUCAUGGACCAUUGAGGAGUAUGACAAGCAUUCUGUGCAUACAAAUCUCUCUGGACAUCUGAAGGAAAACCCCAACGACCUGCGCUUUUGGUUGGGGGAUACGUACACUCCUGGCUUCGACACUCUGCUGAAAAAGAAGAAGAAACGCAACAAGCGAUCAAAAUUGUGUCACAUGGGUCUGAUUUUACUCCUUGUGGCCUCCAUCCUGGUUACCAUAGUGACUCUCAGCACCAUAUUCUCUUAAGGAAGCUGCAAACCCAUCUUUAAAGCUCUAAAAUGCCUUCUAAGUACUUGCAAGAGAAUCUGUCUGUGCAUUGUGAACGUCCGCGUUGCUAACUGUGUGCCCAAACACCAUUGUCCUUUAGAAUGUGAGCGUCGCUUGUGUUAUGUUGGCCUCUCUGCUUUGGUCUGUGAAAACCUGUGUGUCAUUCCAGUCUGGGUUUGUCCUUUGUGAAGCAGGUAUUCCAGGGGCUCACAAUAUCAAAACUCACUCCGCACAGUUAACAAUCAAGCUUUAGAUUGGAAGUGGACUGCGCCAAGUGCCGGCAACUGCUUGUCUUCAUGCUUACCUGGUUUUCAAAUCAUUCCUCCUUCCUCCUCCUCCUCCUCCCUCCUCCUUCCUCCUCCUCCCUCCUCCUUCCUCCUCCUCUCUUUCCUCUUCCUUUUCCUUCUCCUCCAGGCACUGGGGAAGCUGUAGCUCAUCUGCCCAACAGCUAGGGUGACCGGAAGGUUUCUGCUGAGCUACCCCCUCAGUUUAGAUCUGUUUUACCCCCCUUUAUCUCCGCUUAAGUUAAAGGCGGAUAAAGUGGAAGGGAGACAUUGUUCAAACCUAUUCUAAUUUCCCCAGUGAUCCUUUCUGGAAACCUAAAUUUUAUGUUGUUGUUUUAGCAGAAACAAACUUGGUCAGCCACAGCAGCAUAAUCAAUCAAGUUACAUCCAAUCGUGCUUGUGGAUUGAUAGCAACUGGCAAGUGUGACCUCUAGUGGCAGUGGGUACACGUUUACCAGAAAUAGGCGGUGGGGCACUGGAAUGCUGCCACCCCUGAGCAUUCAACUGAAUCACAGUCACGCCUGAACAAAAGAUUGUCAGAGAAGGGAACUGGCUUAAGGAUUCUGUACAACAUGGAGGGGAGAAGAGCGAAUGGCUCCUAACCCAUAGCUUUUUCCUCAGUGGUGAUGUCGUUUUCUUUGUGUAUUGACAACCUUCUGGUGGGUGCAGAUACCUGGGAACAAGCCCCAGGAUACAAAGAACCAAAGUGUCUGUCUUCUCCUCCCUGGACAUUCUUACCUAAGGCUCUCAGUGCCACUCCUAAUGCUAUUUAGUGUGUGAAAUAAGGCUUUUCUUCUUCUUCCCAAAGAGUGCCGUCUUCUCGUGCCCCGUGAUAACGCCUUACUAUCUCGCUGUAUUGCUUAUAACGAUACUUGAAGUAAAGUAUAUAAAAAUGACGGUUUACUGGAAAAUAAAUAA